UUUGAUAGUACACAUAUGAGAUGAAGAAUGAGGGUGUCUGAAGUAUAAAUUAUUGAAAGACAUUUUGGAGUCAGCAAGGGUUAUCUCUGAUAUUUAAACAUCUUACCCACUGAAAAUAUGGCAUCUAGAUGCCUGUCAUUCCAGUUACUGUGCUAUGUAUGUCCAUUUGAUAAUAAGAAUUAAUGUAAGUGGAAUGGCGAGAUGUGCAAUUUAUAUGCUACUGAUUCUCCAGAAGUUAUUAUGGAAUAGAAAUCAGCAAUUUAUUUUGCACUUUGCACUCUAUUUACUUGAAAUCACAAGGCAAGUUUGGAAGUUGGUGGAAAACCAGCAGUGAGAUCCCUAAAACAGUUUCCAGUUGGAAUGAAAUUGGAAACAUUGUCACACCACUGGAGAGGAUCCUUAAUACAAUUGUGUUGUCCUUGUGACGAAAGAAAAGAUGGCUGAAAACAGCAGACAACAGCAUAGCUAAAACAUUAAAAAAAAACAAAGUCAACAAUCUUUACUGUGUGGCUGAAUUCACUCUGUGAGCAAAGGGCUCACUGCUUGUGUUCAACGAUGAAUGUUUUGGUAAUUAAGCUUCUCUGCAUGGUUGUGGUCUUCAUCCUGAUGAUGUUGGGUUCCUUGAUUCCUGUUCGGAUCAUACAAGCCAACCAUGAGAAAAUGCACAAGUCCAGGAGGCUGCUGUCAGUCUGCAGUUCCUUUGGUGGUGGAGUCUUUCUGGCAACCUGCUUUAAUGCUUUGCUGCCGGUUGUGAGGGAAAAGGUUCAAGAGCUUCUUUCAAUCGGAAAAAUAUCAACUGACUACCCACUAAGUGAGACGACAAUGAUGCUGGGUUUCUUCUUGACUAUCUUUAUCGAACAGUUGAUUCUGACAUUUCGAAAGGAGAGGCCAUCAUACAUAGACUUGGAGAUGUUCAAUGCCGGAUCUGAGGGGGGCAGUGAUUCCGAGCAUGAGAGCCCCUUCAUUUCAUCAGGACGAGGUCAAAGCAACUUCUAUAGGCACAGAUCCCAUUCACAUUGCCAUUCAUUGAAUGUGUCCGAGGUGUCCCAUUCUAGCCCUUUGCGCUUGCUCAGCCUGGUAUUUGCUCUGUCUGCACACUCUGUAUUUGAGGGUUUGGCACUGGGUCUGCAAGAAAAAGCGGCAAAAGUGAUCAACCUGUUUAUUGGAGUGGCAGUGCAUGAGACACUAGCUGCUGUGGCGUUGGGAGUGAGCAUGGCGAAAGGAGCACUGCCGAUGAAAGACGCCCUGAAGCUAGCUCUGAUGGUUAGUGCAAUGAUACCAACCGGGAUAGGCAUUGGGAUGGGCAUCCAGAGUGCCAACAGCCUGGGUAGCCACAUCGCGUCAGUCCUGCUGCAGGGUUUUGCUGCAGGAACAUUUCUAUUUGUCACUUUCUUCGAAAUUCUGGUUAAUGAAUUUGAAGACAAGCAUGACCGCCUUCUGAAAGUCCUUUCACUGAUCAUGGGCUAUGGACUGCUGGCUGGGCUCGUCUUUCUAAAGUGGUGACUACUUGUCUCGGUUCCGUUGCGACGUCAUUAAGGCAUGCGCGCAGGUUAGACAAGAUGGUUAGUUGUAUCCUCAACUUGUGUGUUAUCUUUUGACCUAUUAUUCCAUCUAUGGUUAAUAUUAGAGUCACUGUUGCUGUUGUGAAUAUUUAAUUGGAUUGAUGUUUACCACAAGUAUACUGUGCAAGUUUGCCACUGGGCUCAGUGUAUUGAAUGCAGAUCACCAGAAAGCGUUUUAAAAGAAAUAUUUAAGCUAUUGCACUGUAAUAAUGUGUUGGUAUAUUUCCUGUGGUGUUCUUAAUUAAUACAAAAUUGCUUCCAUCUGUAGGUCAGCCUAACAUUAUAUAACUCAAGUAGUCCCUCUGGAAAAGUACAAUCACAGCUGGGAAUUUUCAAGUUCAGUCAGGGAUUUCACACACAUCAUCACAAUUUAGUGAAACCCUAAUGAUAGCCUGCUGAAUUCAUUGGUGCAUGUUUGCUGUAUGAGGUUUAACUUAUUUACAGGGUUUUUAAAGUCUUCACAUUGAAUUCCUUAAUGAACUUAAGUAGUGCUUCAGCACAAAAUCUAUUUAUAAACAUUUAACUGCUCCAGAAUGCUUUCCAACUAAAAUACAAUAGCCCAAUGAAUUUUUUCUAACACUACUGAACACUGUACACCAGUAUUGAAACCAAGAUACUCCACAGGAAUCAUUCAUUUUUCACCUUGUACUACCAAUCACACAGCAGGGGUUUCAUAUUCCUGACUCCAGCUGUGUUGACACACUCAGCUUGGUUGGGUCGAUAACAAUUACAUUUUUUCUUUCUGUCUUUGGAUGAGAGAGAGGAACAUCUGCCAAGGUUCUAACCACGGAUCCCUGUAGCUUGAUACAAAAUGGGAAACGACUAAUUUCCCAUCUCUUCCUUCCCAUUGUCUUUUAGCACUGAUUACCUCCAACAGCCAGUUAAAUGAACUACAAGUUGUUGCAAAAUGGUGGCAGGGCAUGAAGAAUGUGUAAAUCUGUAUGGAUUGAGAGUGGAAGGCUGUUAUUUUCAGCUUUAUGCUGGACACUUUGAAAUUUGUUAAUUAUUAAACAACCAGUUUCUCCUUGAUCUCACUAUGUGAGACUCUCAAGAAGGAGCACUAACCACCAGUGGUGUAGAAGAGUUGAACUACCUUGCACAGCUGAGGUCUGAGUACUUCUAUUAAUUCAGUUUACCCUUUGUGAUGUGAUUUUGAACCUUACCAAGCAUCAGUUUCAUUCCUACUUAUUAGUAUAAAGCUCUCCAAAUUUUGCUCUGCAUUCACUGUUUUCCCCACAGUGAGGGCCUCGUCAUUAAUUUCAUUCCCACAAAGUCACAGAUGGAGAAGCUUCAACAUAAAUUUCUGUUCAGUGACCCCUGUUGGAAACUGUACAUUUGCACAGCAGGUGAUAACAGAUUUGAGCACUCCUUUUGUAGUAUUAACAGCAUUUUCAAGAGAGAGUACAUCAUUAGCACUGUAUAGAUGCACAAAGUAUUGUUAUGUCAGGGGAGGGCAUCCUCAGUUGGUGAAAGCUCGCACUAAUGAUCGGUGCUUUAGAGAAAAAUAGUGCUGUUUGUAACUUAUUUUUAACCGAGGUUUCUUAUGGUCUUUGCUUUCUAAAAAGGAGCUAUCCAGGAAAUAAUUCCAGCAGAUGUGGCAGGAACUCCACACAAUGUUUGUAAAUUUACGGAAGGACAGUGUUUCCUGUGGAUGGGUUUGGCAGAAGCUCUGAGGAGUGUAAUUGCCCUCUUGGGCAAAAAGCUGUUGCCUGUGCAUUGCUUCACUGCGCCUCACAGAAGUAGCUUGUCACUAUAUGUAAAUUCCUGAGUAAUCUCAGUCAGUGAUUUAGGACCAAGUUGGUUUCCUCCAUUAAUGUGAGCAUGAAAAACCUUUGAUGUAUUUUAUUUCAAACACGAGGAUUUUAUUUCCUUGUAUUUUAUUUCCUCUGUUUUGUCCCUGAAGGCACAGACCCCUGAGAAGUGUAAAUUGUACUACUUUCAAGUAGGCCUAGGCUACAUCCAUACUAGACCGGAUAAUUUUGAAAACGCCGGUUUCGCGUAAAAACGAUAGGCGUCCACACUAUGCGUUUUUGAAAAUAUCUCUAUCCACACUGAAAUGGAGAUUUCGGCGAAUCUCCUCCUCCUGCGCAUGUGCAGGACACAUCUACCAAAAACAAGCGACAUGUUUGGUGUCAAAUCUCGCCAUAAAAGUGCGCGUUUGUGUAGUUACAGUCUAGAAAAACUUAAAACGACGGACAGCUGUUGGCUCUCAUGCAGGAGAACUUAAAACUAAAAAAACACAAAUACUGGAGCGUCCGACGGCAACCGACAGGGAGUUCACGGACAGAUUGACCCAGCUGACGACGAACAUUGAAAAACUGACUAACUCUGGUACAUUAAUAAAGCACUCUGUUAAAUGUAUAAAACAUGUCUGCAUCAGUAUUAUCUUGUAUUUCCAUACAAUGUUACAUUUGGCUGUUACACAUCUAUUGUCAGAGAAGUACUUGCAUAAAUAGGUAAACCACCUUCAUAUAAGCAAGGACAGAAAACAGGGCAAAGUGAGUACAGUAUACUUAUUUGUUCAGUAAGUUAUGGGUCGAAGUAUUUGGUGAGUAAAUUUCUAACUCUUCUGGCUUCAGUCUCUUUACCAUCUGUUCUGAAAUUGUUAGGUUGCGUUCAAGAAAACAAUGAAAUAGCGCGCUGCCGUCUGAUAGCGUUUUCAAAAGUCUCCAGUUACCCCGUCCACACUGAUCUGCCCGAGCAGCAUUUUCAAAAAUACCCACCCUGGAAAGCGUUUCUGAAAAGCUCUGAUUUCGGGGAUGAAAACGCCAUUUUAUUGCGGAUGGAGGGUAAAAACGAAGAGAAAAGGCUUCGGUUACUGAUUUAUCCGGCGUAGUGUGGAUGUAGCCCUAGUCUGUGGCUUGAGGGUUUAGACAUUGUGUCAGUAGUUUGUUUAACAAGGGAAGAAUUGAAUGCUUUUGUCCACUUAAAGGUAACUGAAUGUCAAGUAUGUAAAUAAAAGCUCUUUACUGUAAAAGCUCUUCAAUGUUAAUAGCAGAGAAGUGGUCCACAUAGCUUGAUAGUCUUUUUGUAUUUUGUACAAAAAACUUAAACAGAUUAUGGAAUCUGUCUGUUUAAAUACCAUGGGUGACUGAAUUUAUAUUGGGAGGCAGUGUGGAGCACCAUUUAACUGUGCUUUGAGAGAAACUGAUAUGUUUUUUAUAUAAGUGCUGCAGGCAUUGAUUUAUUCUACCAACAUUACAGUAUAUUUGCAAGACAGUGAUGUAGUUCUAAGAAAUGUCUUUGUGAAUGACAUUUGAAAGACAUAAUGAAGUGUGAAUCAAUGCAGGGUUUUCAUGUGCUCUCAUUGAGGAGCAAUUGAUUUUGAUAGAUUUGCCUUUUAGUGGAGGGUUGGCAGUAUCUUCAUACCCAAUGAAAAACUGAUAUUCUGUUAUGUAUUUGUUAUGCUCUGUUCUAUAGUGGUGCCAAUGGAACUUGUGUUUAUUCAAUGGUAUAUAAUGCUGUUCUUGAGCUUAUGUUCUUUAGGCUGUAGUGUAUUGUUUCCUGAUGGAGCCCUGUAAUAGAGGAGAGCUGUGGAGUGUGACAUAAUUAGUAUGCUUUCUCAUAAUUUAAAGGAUUAAAAAGUAGAUCAAUAUAGAUUAGGAUGUUUCUGGAUUUCGUUAUAUAUGUGUGUGUGUAUAUAUAUAUAUACACAGUAUAUGUAUAUUUGGUCAAUGGAACUGACAACUGUUAUUCUUUUGCACACAAAAAAAGGUAAGUGAUUUCUCCCUGAGCAAAGUAGAAAAAAAUCAAAUGUUUCCAUCUGCUGGUCCAGUGAUCCUUGCUGUUGACUGAUUACUUAUGAACCAAUAAUUGUGGAUGGCCAUGGCACUCACUAAUGCAAGGCCCUGCUGGUUGGAGGCAUACAUUAAUAGCCCUUUUGGUAAUAUACUACACAACAGCUGACAUUUGUGGAGCUAAAGACCAGUAUGAAUCAAUACCUUCGGAGGAGGAUU